AUGACCACCGCGCAGAUGCCCACCUACCGGAUGAACCCACUCGCGCGGGACUGGACUCCCGCCAGCGAAGACGCAGUCAGGGCAAAAUCAGUGGUCUCCGCCGCUGCCACCCCAGCGGCCCAUGUCGUGGGGCCUCACUGGGGCCCCUUCGUCGACCCUACGUGGGCGGGGCCAAUUCCUGCACAUGUCCCUCACACCGUUGACAACGGCCCAAAUAAUCAUGCCUUUCCUUGGUUUCCAAGUGCCUGGAUGGAUGCAAAACAGAGCUACUUUAACUAUUGCUACUACUGGCACAUGUACCAGUCCUUUCAGCAAGAACAAAGACAGGAAACCUAUUAUUGUGAUUCACCACUCCCUACUGUUGCGGCGUUUCAAGGAGCCCCGUUGAUAAGAGAUGUUGCCGUGGAUGCCAUCACGCCGCUAGCUGAAACAGUUCUCAUCGUGCCAGAUGAAACCAGUGGCGGUAUUCCGUCCGUACCCACCACAAAAACCCCAAGCCCUUCCCCCCAGUUCUCAUGCGGUGAAUGCAAUGUGGUGUGCUCUGGCCGAGAUGACUGGCAUCGCCACCCUGGUGGAUCAGGCGUUUCUUGUUUUCUGUGUGGGGAGCUUGGCCAUCGCUACACAGCGUGCCGAUUGUUUGACGGUAAAACUGUGUGUUUCAUAAAUACUGCUGAUUCCUGCAUUUAUGCGAUGCGACAUGAACGGUGGAUUGAAAGGGCCACACUACAUGAUGUGUACUUGUUCGUCUACUUGGCUGUUGGAAUCGUGCCAGUCCAGGUUGUACUGCGUGUGGGCACUCUAAUGGUGAGUGCAGCGCAGUAUCCCCCUGAGACGCGUUGCUGUGACUUGCAGCUUCUUCCUGGGGCUGUUGUGGCUAUCACGCAGAGCCAGCCUUCCGCUAAGGGGGCCAUACAUCCGCCACCACCGCCGCCGCCGCUGCCAUUACGGUCAGACAACGUAAUGCCAUCGAGCAGGGUAUGUGGCCGUCAAUUGCGCCGCUGUGAAGAAGAAGAAGAGGCACUGAUGGAGGAAGGCUUGGAUGUCUCCACAAUUGCAAAGGCAUCAGAGCUCUCCGUUUCAAUUUCAAUUUUGGAGCGAAAUACAAAGAAGAGAGUGACUGGUGUGAGAAAAGAGACGCUUGCUGAAGAUGUCUCAUCCGCCGCAGAAAGACCCAGCAGGAAGUACGAGAGUAGCCCCACGAUCACGGAGGCCAAAAUUGCCGCAGCGUCUCUUGCGACGCCAAGCACUGAUGACGAUGAGUGUGCAGGCACAAACUCUGCGGGUGCGGCAUAUCCGACCUCCACUGCGGCUUCCACGGUACCAGACCCAACCGCUGGAAAGGAGAUACCCCCCUCUCGUGCAGAGGCGGCGCGCAAUACAUUGUGUUACGGCGGCGAGCCGCUCGACUGGGCUGAACUCUCUGUGACAGAGGAAAACUUCUUUGAGCAUCAGGAAAGCAGAAAUGAAGCACGACAAGAAUGUGCCACCUUAUCGCCCUUUCCGCUAUCGACGGGAAUUGACCCCCUUAAUGCUGAAGAGCCAUGCCGCCGUCGUCGUACUGUGCACGUGCGUUUCAUACCUGUGUCGAUGUCUUUUUCGGCGAUACGAAGACUCCUCUGGUCAUGCGGUGAGGUGUACAAGGUGCGGCUGGUGAAGCCGCAGGUGACAACGAAUCCCAGGCGCAUGUUCUACGUGUGCUUUGUUGAGUAUGCCACGGAGGAGGGAGCAAUGAAUAUGAUGAGGAUGCAGGGCCACCGUGUGGCGGAGUCCUUCCGCCUGGCUGUGGAGUACAGCCGACACCCCAUCCGCGGCGGCUACGUUACGGACCGUGACGUGGGCACGGGUAAGCCAUGUACGUUUGGCCUUGGCGAGAGGGAGCGGCGAGCGGUGGAGCUGCGCUUCGCUGUUGUCGGCCCGACCAACGCAGAGGUGAUAAAAGACAGCGGUGUAAAAGUGCAGCGCAGACGGGGAGUUCGGCGGCGACGCGGCAACGGUCGUCAUUGCGCGGCCGCAUUAACUGCUGCUACUGAGGCAGAAGCGGCGGAGGAGGAGGAGGACGACGACGACGACGAUAACAACGACAACGGCGCGGGGCAUGCGAGGGGCGGGCCAGGUGGGCCCUACGCUCUCCAAAUCGUCGCCACGACGGAUUUGCGGAAGCGGGUGCGGGUCGACGGCUGCCGCGGCGGAAAUGGCGGUGACGCGGAGAGCGGCGACGAGGCAGCGGCCCCGCUUACUAUGCCCGCGGCUGUGGUGCUUCCACGUGCCGUGAGUCGUGACACGGGGAUAAGCUGUGAACAGGCGAUGCGUGAGCGCUUGCGCUGCGUUGUUGCGUUGUACGUCCGGCAGACGACGCCAAAGAACUUUUACGAAGUUCUCACGGUUCUUGAGGAGAUCAAGUGGAAUUCCAUGACGCCACUCUUUCACCUAAGCCUCAUGAGGUGUGAAGUGGCACUGUUCCUGCACCAUGACCACGCCAGAGAUGCUGAGAGCGCGGGCGUAGUGGCCGCCAAGGCUCUCAAUUUGGGGAGCGAACUUCUACAGCUUCUGGCCGCCGUUGCUACUGGUGGCAGCACGCGUGUGGAAGCCGCCUGGCGCCUGCUAUUCACCCGCACACCACCGUCGGAACAGCAGCAUGUGGUGACAAAAAAUGGCGAGAGUACCGAAGAAUUGGAAGAGGGGGCGCAGUCGCAAGGGAAUAACGGCGCGUCACGUUUAUACCCGAACUGCAGUGCCCUCUUGAGCUUUGCCGAGAUCCUUCUUCACAUUGGUGUUUUGCUGGACCGUUUCCAUGGGGAUAUUGACGUCGAUUCCGACGUUGCUGAAGCGAGGAUGAGUGCGGAACCGUCUGCUGCGAUUUCGAAGACGAGCAGUACACACAAUUCCGUGCGGGAUCUGCUGUUGUGUGUUCGUGACCUGCUGACGCAGCUGCAGACCGUCCUUGAUGCAGAAGAGGCUUCUGCUGCCUCCGGCGUCUCCGUGUGGAGCAGCAGGGCAGCACAGGCCCUGCAGCAAGUGCCAACAGAAGCUGACUGGCGCCCUGGAUGCUUGAUGAGUGCACGCCUCCCAGAUGUCGGGAAGCUGUUAACCUCGACAUUAACAGAGGAAGUGGAGAUGCUUCUCUUCUAA